CUUCAGAGUGGAUGACAACAGUCAGAAUUUUGUUUGUCAUUGCCGAGGUUUCCCUGAACAGCGGUUCUCAUCAUACGUAGAAAUUUAAUUUGUUUUCAAGUAAAAGUUGUCUUUGUAGCAUUGUAAACCAUGGAGACAUUAAUGGGAAUUCGUGGACCGGACUUUGUGAUGCUCGCCGCAGAUAGUUCGCAUGCCCACUCGAUUAUGGUUCUGAAAGAUGAUGAAAGCAAAAUUUACAAAAUCUCCGAUAAUCUGAUGAUGGCUACGGUUGGUGAAGCAGGAGACCGAGUACAAUUCACAGAGUAUAUAAGCAAAAAUAUACUGCUGUAUAAGAUGCGCAAUGGUUACGAGCUUGGACCAAAAUCGGCAGCUCAUUUCACCCGGAAGAACUUGGCUGAUUACUUGCGGUCUCGCACUCCAUAUCAGGUUAACUUGCUGGUCGGAGGGUACGAUGAAGCCGAUGGUGCCCAGCUGCACUAUAUCGAUUAUCUUGCUAACUGUUUACCGGUGAAAUACUCAGCGCACGGUUAUGGGGGAUUAUUUGUAUCAAGUAUUUUAGAUCGGUAUCAUCAUACAAAAAUCACGCAGGAUGAGGCAUAUGAAAUCAUUAAGAAGGGAGUAGCCGAAAUUCAGAAGCGGCUGAUAAUCAAUUUGCCGAAUUUUAAAGUAUCUGUAAUUGAUAAGGAUGGAAUCAAAGAACUGGCGGAUAUCUCGGCUGACAGUUUGAAGCAACCGGUUGCGGCUUAAAAUUAGCAUUAUAGAUGGUUUGAAAAUUUUCAACAUAAAAUACACGAAUAAAAUUGGUUUUGUAUAAAA